AUGUUUCAGUAUCUUCUAGCGUUCUUGUUAAUUAAUUCUUGUUACCGAAGUUUUGGGAUACCUACACAAAGAAAUACCUCUAUAUCACUGUCGCUUGUUAAUCUUGCCACUCAGUGUGAAAAUAAGUUUCUCUCUAACGUAAUCAAUAACAAAACAAAAGCGUGUAAUGUUUUAGCUCCGCCUUAUCUUGUUAAGCAAAUACGAUGUUUGAUAUUUUACGAUAUAAGCAAACAGUUAUGCGAAGCAGUAGCUACGUCGAAGAUAGCGCUGACCAAAGAUGUUGUAGAUAAACUAUCCACGGAGCGAGAUAUCACUACUGUAUGCACAUUAGCACAGGAUUGGGUCUUCACCAAUUUAACUGAAUAUGACACUUACAAGAACACAUCAGAGUAUUAUUUCAAGAAACCUGUGACAUGUGGUGAAAUAUGCAGCGUUGAGGGUACUAUAGAUGCAGUGAAUGAAUAUUGUAAAUACUACGAGUGGGGCUUAGAAUUGUUGAAGAGUCAAGUACUAACUACAAGUGAGAAUGCAAACAACAUUAUUGGUGAUGCACCGAACAAACCAGAACCUGAUUCUAAUGUAAAAUCUGAGAAAGUAACUCUAAACAGUCAGUCAGUUGUUGCUGAAAUAGUCAAGACGAAAACUGUAGACGGGCAAAUUAAGCAGACAGAGUCUGCUGUACUGAACCCUACUCCUGUGAAGUCUGGGGAGUCUGAUAUUGAAGUUAGUAAACCCACAACACUAACAACAUCUGGUAAGCAAACAUUACACCAAGAAAAUGCACCAACUAUAGUUAAGAAUAUGGAAGCCGAUGGGCAUGCUUUGGAACACCCCAUUUUACUUGAAGUGAAUACAAAUGAACAAGCUAAUAAAUCCAUAGUGCCUAAUGAAAUGAAACAGACCGGUGAGGAAAAUGAUCCUGCACUAUUACCUGAAUCUGGCAAAGAUGCCCCAAGUUUGGACUCUAAGGGUGUUGACCAAGCGGAGGGUAAAGGCCCCAGCGAUGAUGACUAUCCAGAUUCUGAAGGUAAUGAUGGUGGAGAUGACGAUGGUGAAGACCAAGGUAUCGAAAUAAAAUCAGAGAAGAAACCAGAACCUUUUGUAAACAACAAGCUGACGGUAUCACAUGAGAGUGACGUCUCCCAGAAAGAAUUUUAUCCGAACACUGUCUCAGAUACUUAUUCUGAUGAUGGUGACAACUUCUUUCCAUUUUUCCUGACAGCUGUCAUACUAGUUGUGUUGUUGUAUGUGCUGUACCACAACAAGAGCAAAGUCAGCAAAGUGUUCUUUGGCUUGAUACUAGAAGGUCGUCAGGGAGGUCGCCGGCGCAACAGUCGAGGUCACGCCUACCGUCGCCUGGAUACAUUAGAACAGGCAAUGAGUACUAACACUGCAGCACCACCCAGCAAAAUAAUAUAUUAA